AUGGCCUGUGUUCUCUUACCGUUCCGUAGGGAAAAAGCAAGAGCUGAUGAGUUUUUGAUCACAGCAUCUGUUUCGCUGCUGCAUGUUGAAUUACGCAAGAAAAAAUGGCAUCCACACAAGCUUGCCGUGUUUUGGAAAAAAAGAAAAGCCAAGUACAGUACAAAGCCGGUGGCCUGGUUUGCAGGUAUCGAAAAUGCUUAUCGUGGCGUUCAUUUUUGGCCUGAGCCUGAUUCAGUGGAUAGCAAGCUUACUCUGCUCAAGAACCCAGAAGAUGAGAUGACAGAAUAUCAAGAGAAGCAGUGGAAUAUUUUUAUAUGUAAUGUGUCCCGCAAUGGUCGUCACCAGCUUCUGGCCACAGGCUGUAUUGAUAUCAGUAAUUAUAUAACAGAAAAGCCCGGAAAAGUAGAUGUGACUGUCACCCUUCGGCCAGCAAUCAAGAAAGUUGUUUCUGGUAAAAUUGAAUUUGAAUUAUCAUGGGUUAUACAGGAAGAGGACCCAGUCAUUCAUCCUACAGAUGAAGAGAUAUGGGAAGAGAUAAUGCAGGAGGCACGAGAGGAACAGGCGAGAAGAAAGGCAGAGGGAAAAACAGAAAAGUAUCAAUCUUUGAAGAAAGCAAGAAACAGGAAACAUGGCCACUCAAGUGCCACAGACAUUGCUGCUGAGGAAGAUAGAAAGAAAACUGAGAAAAAUGAUGCUUCCUGCUCAAGUAGUACAGACAUUGCUGCUGAUGAAGACAAAAAGGAAACUGAGAAAGGCGAUGCUUCUUGCUCAAGUAGUACAGGCAUUGCUGCUGAGGAAGACAGAAAGAAAACUGAGAAAAAGUAUGCUUCUAGCUCAAGUAGUACAGGCAUUGCUGCCAAGGAGGAUGAAAAUACUAAUGAACAACAAGGUGGAGUCUUCCAAAGUGACAAACCUUGGGUCAAUCCCUCCCCUAGCAGCGAUACCAAAGCUGGGUCAGGAAAGGUCAGGAAGGAGGCUUCACUUGAUCAUGUGCCUCCCAGCCCUGUUCCACCCCAACCUCACCCACGUACUAGCCAGGGGUUGCAACCAGACGGUGAAGAGAAAAAUGGAAGGCAGAGUAAAAAGAAACUUCAUAAAACUGUCAGGUUUCAAAUUGAUGGACAGCCUAAGGUAUUGCACCCUAUUAAAGAUGAUGAAGAAGCACCUGACUCCUUCUCUGUGUUGUUCCCAGAGACAGUUUACAAUGAAACAGGUUUCAUUGAGGAAGAUGAAGGGGGAUCAACAGUGGAGUACUUUCCCAAGAGAGAUGAUAAUUCAUCCUCAAGUGUAUACCAAGUGCAUACAGAUUUGGCCAGUUAUGUUGAAGAGGAACUGAACCUUGUUCAAGAUGAAUUAUUGUCUUCAGAAGAAGUUCGUUCCAAAGUAGAACUUGAAAUGCAGGCAGCUGUGUUAUCAGAACGUAGAGAAGAGAUGGAAAGCUUGAAACAAGGUUGGCUCAUACUGGAUGACUUCCAUUCCAAAGUGAUGAGAAGAAAAGAAGACCUACUUGCUUUGGGCCAAGGAGAAAACAUUGACAAUUGCCUUAACUUGUUGCGUUCAGACUUGAGAUGCCUUUCAGAGGUAGAAGAGUGGAAGAAGACAGAUAAGAACAGAGCUCAAGAAAAAAGAGUUGCUACACUGAUUGCUGCAAUUCGCCAGCAGAGCCUACAUGCCUAAAUAAUGACUGAAUGAAAAUUCAUCUACUGUUUUCGUAAAUUGGUGACACCUUUGUUUGGAUUCUUGUAAAUAAUUUUUGCAGGAAUGUCUUUGAAACCUGCUGCCCCUAUUCUACUAUUUGUAUGAUUUUGCUAAAGAUGUCAAUUAUACAAUAUUGGGGUGUCUUCAUUUAGAGAGAAAAAUACUUUUGAUAAACCUUUUCCUCUCUCAGUUGUAAAUAAUCUCUUGUAAAUAGUUAAGGGUAUAUUUUGUAAAUAGUUAUAAUGCAUACAAUAUUUUGAUAUGAUAUCACGUUUUAAGAGUAUUCCCUUCUGCAGUUUAUACCAAGCAACUGUAAAAAAAAAAACUCUCAAUGCUUUCCUUAUUUUGAAAUGAUCUACUUAUAUUGUAUUUGAUAGGACAUCUCUCUCAAUUGUAACAAAUCUUUUGUUAAUAGUCAUAGAAUUGAUUUCAAUUUUCAAGAAUAAUUCUUCCCGCAGUUUUCAUGAAGCCACUGUGAAAAUACUUCAUUUCAAAUCCUUUUCCCUAUUUUGAAAUGAUCUACUUCAAAUAACAAUUAGGAGGUAGUAGACCUAAUAAUACACCACUGUUCAUAUUGUAACACUGUAUAUAUUUAAAAAAUAAGGAAAAAAAACUUUUCAUUCUUAGGAGGUAAGAGUGAGGUGUGUAAUGAUGUCACAGUGCAGAUGUUUCAGUCUACUAGCCCUGUUUUGAUCCACCCAGGUCACUCAGGUGUGCUGACAUAGAAUCAUUUGCAAAUGGAAGAGAAAUAAGUCUACAUGUCAUGACUGUGCAUGACUGGAGAUGUAUGCUUUCUUAUUAUGUAAAUUGAUUGUUUGUGCUCUUUUUUAUUUUUUGCUGAUAGGCUUUACAUAUUUAGGGCGUUUGCAGUUUUAAGGCAAAAAAAUUAAAGAAAAUUAA